GUCUAGAGCCUACAUCGAUGUUGGGUCACCCACUUUGCAUAAUUCUAUGUUGAUGUAGGCUGCAGGCCUGUCCAGUUUUUUCCUAGGUUGACGUGGUAGAGCGUUCGAAGGGUUGGAAGGUAAUGAUCCACCGCAAGGAUAGCGUCUCUUUGUUCCCGCCGCCGUUGGAGUUCGGCCGUAAUGCGGGAUGAGGUUCCUGGAUCUGUCGUCCCACGUAUGCAGACAGCCGCGAUCGGUCGUGCUUGGCAGGAACGACUGGCUAGAUGGAUGGAUGGGUUGAUAUGGCCGGGAACCCCUCUGGCUCAGCACCACGGAAACAAAUAGUCAUGCCAGUGCAGGUUUGUGGCACGUGAGCGUGAAUCAGCCAGCCCGCAGAUGUGUCGUUGGGUGACAGUCGCGUGGCAGUUAAGCUCCUUCCCGGUACGUGGGUGGGUCUUGGCGAUGCAGGGAUGUCGUGCCGACGAAGCGUGGGAACCUGGAAAUCUGACGGCAUCAGCACAAGACACCAAGCGAAGCAAAUACGGAGCCCCGCAGAGAGUCUGGAGAGGGCCUACAUUGAGUUUGCUAGAUCGCGAUCCUCCUGUUCGCCCUGAAUUUUUCACUAGCAACAGCCGCUACGACUCAGCGACGCGAUCCGGGCCUGCCGCUUUGGCCGCUUUCAUCUGCCCCGACCGUUAAGUCCGCGC